CUUUGAAUUUAAUUCAACAUGCCUGCUACUGUAUACAUCGUUAUCUACUCUCUGUACGGUCAUAUCUACACCCUCGCUCAAGAAGUUCAAAAGGGCCUUGAAGCUAGCGGUGUAACCACCAAACUCUUCCAAGUUGCCGAAACUUUGAGUGAUGAUGUUUUGCAAAAGAUGCAUGCUCCUCCUAAGCCUGCCAUUCCAGUUAUCAAAGUGGACGAGCUGACUGAGCCCGAUGGCAUCAUUUUUGGUAUUCCUACUCGAUUUGGUACUAUGCCUGCUCAAAUUAAGGCACUUUUGGAUGCCACCGGUAAGCUGUGGGCAACCGGCGCUUUGUCUGGAAAGUUUGCCGGUACUUUCUUUUCCACCGCUUCACAGCAUGGAGGUCAAGAAACAACCGCAUUGACCACUGUCACUUAUUUCGCCCAUCAUGCCAUGAUCUAUGUACCUUUUGGCUUCGCCAACGCGCACCUUUUCGACAACACUGAGGUCAUUGGGGGUUCGGCUUAUGGCGCUGGUACGAUUGCCAAUGGCGAUGGCUCCAGAGCCGUCAGUGACAAGGAGAAGGAAAUUGCUAAAAACCAAGGCGAGAACUUUGGCAAAGUCGUCGCCACCUUUGUGAAUGGACGAAGUACAUUAUAAGAAAUUUGCGAACCACUAAUUAAUUCAUUAAAUUGCCUUGCUUCAUAAAUCCACUGUAUUUAAGACUACGCACAGGGCUUGUUGUUAAGCGGA